UGCGGCAAAAGAAAUCAUCUGGCUAAGGAGGCUCUUGAAGGAGAUCGGCCAUGAACAGACUUGUGCGACACCUCUGUUCAGUGAUAGCAAGGGAGCCAUUGCCAUGGCACGCAAUGCAGUUCUUCAUGGGUUGAACAAGCACAUGAGGAUCAAGUGGCAUUGGCUGCGGAAGGAGGUGAAGCUUGGGACACUCGAUCCGAUCUACGUGAAAACUCAGCAACAGCCAGCCGACUUCCUUACCAAGCGGCUAGCUGAAGAGCCACACUGGCGCUGUGCGAGGAUGGCGGGAAUGUCCUUGAACUAGAGACGGCAAAACAAGCCGACAGUCUGAGGGGGAGUGUGUUGGUGCAUAUUCAUUUGCACGUCAUCCUGUCGUCUGUUCGCAUCAUUUCGUUUGCAUGUGUUUUGUGUGCUACGUUGUUUGUAUGGUUUGUUGGGUUUGCAUGUCUUUGUAUGUUCAUCUUGUGCUUGUGCAGAUGUGCUUGGAUUGUGCAUGACAUCGAGCACAUUCCAGCGAGCCAAGAAUUGUUGGAAUCGGAGCACAUAUGAAGAAGUUACGAAAAAAUGUUUGAUGGAUUU